GUAAUACCGCGUGGGAGCAGCUUUGAGAUAGGCGGACCCCUUUCUUCACCAUCCACUUCCUCUCUCCCUCAUUUGUCUUCGUUGUAUUGUGUUUUGUUGUGUUGCGAGUUCUUCAAUCUCACCACCGAAAAUUGUAACCAAUUCGUGUGUCCAGGAACCAGUAGUUGAACAGCUACAAACAACGCUGGUGCAGCCAUGGGCAUUAUUCUCGGAAAAAUCACAGUGGAAACGCCGAAGUACAAAUCUGUGGAAAAGAAAGGAGACAUCGAAAUCAGGGAAUACGAGCCAGCCGUGGUUGCAGAGGUUAGCUAUGACCCCAAGUCUAUGAAAAGUGGUAGAGAUGGAGGGUUUAUGAUACUUGCAAGAUACAUAGGUGCAAUCGGCACACCUUACAAUAAGAAGGGAUCAGAACCCGGUGAAAAAAUCGCCAUGACUGCACCUGUCAUCACUCAGGAGCACGGAGGAGCAGAAAAAAUAUCCAUGACAGCCCCUGUUAUUACUAAGGACGGAGAAGGCGACAACGAGAAUAAAAGCAUGGUGACCAUGCAAUUCGUGCUACCCGCAAGUUAUACUCUCGAGACAGCUCCAACGCCGACUGAUGACCGAGUGAAGUUGAAAGAGUUUCCAAGCAAGACAUAUGGGGUUAUUACGUUCAGUGGAACCGUCAACCCCAAGCUGGAAGAGCAGCAGGUGCAGAAGCUGAAGACAUCUUUAGAGAGUGAUGGAUACAAAAUCAUGGGAGAUCACCUGCUGGCAAGGUACAACCCACCGUGGACGCCAUGGUUCCUGAAAACGAAUGAAGUGAUGAUUCCCGUGGAGAAAAAUCUCUAGACCCACUUGUAGAGCCUUGACGCAUUGAUGCGAUUUCCAGAUUUGUGCAUACGCCCAGUGUUGAGUUUUCAUAUCAAAGAAUGUAUAGAACGAACUGCCGUUCGUUUUUAGUUUUUUCAGUCGAAUCUGGCAGUGGUUGCAGUUAAUAGUGGUUGGUCAGCCGGGUUAUGCUAGAUUUCCGAGUGCUGAGAAUGUAGCAGUGUAAUUAGCUUGUUUCAGAUGAUUGACAACUCUAUAAAACUGGAACGUUGGGUCGGAAUAAAAUCCAGAGUUUUGCAGCAAAUAAUCAGAAUAUUUAUACACAA